ACGCCGCCCCCUCCGCCGCCGCCGCCGCCGCCGCCGCCGCAGCAGCAAUCCGCCUCUCCGCCGUCCAAAAUACCCGUCCGCCCGCAGAAGAUCCGCAAGCUCUCGCCCGAAUCGUCGACGCCCGACCCGAAGCCGUCCGCCGCCGGCGCCGGCCCUAAAUCGAAGACCGCCAAUGCCUCCUCCUCGAAGGCCUCCAAGAACCGAAUCGUCGCCUCGCGAGCCCUCGCGGUCCCCCGGGUAGUCGCGCGGUCCCUGUCCUGCGAGGGCGAGGUGGAGGCCGCCGUCCGCCACCUCCGCGACGCGGAUCCCCUGCUCGGCCCCCUCAUCGACCUCUAUCCUCUGCCGACGUUCGACAUCUUCCUCACCCCGUUCCACGCCCUCACCAAGAGCAUCCUCUACCAGCAAUUAGCCUUCAAGGCGGGCACCUCGAUCUACACGCGCUUCCUUGCUCUCUGCGGGAGCGACGCCGGCGUCCUUCCCGAGACCGUGCUCGCGCUAGACCCUCACCAGCUCCGGCAAAUCGGGGUCUCGGCUCGCAAGGCAAGUUACCUUCAUGAUUUAGCUAGGAAGUACCAGAAUGGGAUAUUGUCCGACUCCGCGAUUGUAAAUAUGGAUGAUAAGUCGCUGUUCACGAUGCUCACCAUGGUCAACGGAAUUGGGUCUUGGUCGGUCCACAUGUUCAUGAUCUUCUCGUUGCAUAGACCGGAUGUCUUGCCGAUCAAUGACCUGGGAGUGCGGAAAGGAGUGCAGCUCCUUUAUGGGCUCGAGGAAUUGCCCAGGCCGUCGCAGAUGGAUCACAUGUGUGACAAAUGGAGGCCGUAUCGUUCGGUUGCGUCGUGGUACAUGUGGAGGUUUGUGGAGUCGAAGGGUGCGCCUACGAGUGCCGCAGCUGUUGCAGUCAGUGCUAGCUUGCAGCAGCAACAGCAGCAGGUAGAAGAGCAGCAACAACACCACCCGCAGCAGCCGCAGCUGCUGGAUCCUAUAAAUAGCAUUCUUAAUCUUGGGGCCUAUGCUUGGGGACAAUGACUGGGGAGGUUUCUUCAUGGUAUCCUGUCCAUCAAUUGAUAUGAGUCGAUAUCCUUGAAAAGCAAUUUGAGGGUACUCAACUCAGGUGCCAGAAGCUUGAAUUUUACUGUGUCUCAAAAGAUGAGCUUUCUGUACCUUGUAAAUUGUCAGUGCGAUUCGAUGAGAUCCAAGCUCAAAUUAUGUUGGUAUUGCAUGACGGUGGUUCCUAGGUAUAUUCCAUCACUCAUAAGUGGUGGAAGAAGGAAAGGUGGUGAUAAAUCGAUGUUAUUGUUUGACAAUUUAUCAUCUGACAAUUUCUUUGCUGCAUCUUUUAUCUGCAUUCUCCCGAUCCCUUGGCCCGAACAUUGAAAAACAUGAGAAAAAAUCGUCCUUUCUGUA